AUGUCUGAAACUAGUGAAUUGGACAGGCAAAUUGAACAAUUAAAAAAGUGUGAAAUAAUUAAGGAAUCAGAAGUAAAAGCAUUAUGUGCCAAAGCCAGAGAAAUUUUAAUAGAAGAAAGCAAUGUGCAGCGAGUGGAUUCUCCAGUUACUGUAUGUGGAGAUAUUCAUGGACAAUUUUAUGAUCUCAAAGAACUUUUUAAAGUAGGUGGAGAUGUUCCUGAAACAAAUUAUUUAUUUAUGGGUGAUUUUGUAGACAGAGGUUUUUAUAGUGUAGAGACAUUUUUACUACUUCUUGCUUUGAAGGUUCGAUAUCCUGAUAGAAUUACAUUAAUCAGAGGAAAUCAUGAAUCAAGACAAAUAACUCAAGUUUAUGGAUUUUAUGAUGAAUGUUUACGUAAAUAUGGGUCUAUUGCAGUGUGGCGAUACUGUACAGAGAUUUUUGAUUAUUUAAGUUUGUCCGCAAUCAUAGAUGGUAAAAUCUUUUGUGUGCACGGAGGUUUAAGUCCUAGUAUACACACACUUGAUCAAAUACGUACAAUCGAUAGAAAGCAAGAAGUGCCACAUGACGGACCCAUGUGCGAUUUACUUUGGAGUGAUCCUGAGGAUACGCAAGGUUGGGGUGUGAGCCCUAGAGGAGCUGGUUUUUUAUUCGGAUCUGAUGUGGUAGCACAAUUCAACACUGCUAAUGAUAUAGACAUGAUUUGUAGGGCUCAUCAACUGGUUAUGGAAGGUUUUAAAUGGCAUUUUAAUGAGACUGUAUUAACAGUUUGGUCUGCUCCAAAUUACUGUUAUAGAUGUGGAAAUGUUGCUGCUAUUUUAGAACUGAAUGAGCACUUACAAAGAGAUUUUACAAUAUUUGAAGCUGCUCCUCAAGAAAGUCGUGGAAUACCAUUGAAAAAACCACAAGCAGAUUAUUUUUUAUAA